AUGAGCGCGGCCAAACCUUCUGUGCUCAUUCGUCCAGCUUUCGAUUCAGCACUGCGCCAAACGGCCGACCUGAUCACGCAUGCUGGCACAUCGCGAAUGAGCGAGAAAAUAUCGAAGUGUAUCAUCGAAGCACGAUGCACCGAUAACGUGCUCUUCGCUGGCGCUGCCGUCGUUGGCGCCAUCGUGCUCGUUCUUCAGUCGUUCCCAUUAUUCAUGAAUAACUGGGUGUUUCUCACCGAACCACGCCCCAUAAAUAAGACAAAUGAAAACGGUGAGCAAAUGGAGAGUACGUUCCACUACAACGUUGGCUACUUCCAAGUUUGCCGGAUGCAUAUCAAUAAUCAGAGUGGAAUAGUAUACAAUGAAUACGAAAUACCGAAGUCCGAAAGCGUUUAUAAAUGCUACCUCAACCCACUUUUCUCUCGCGAAGACUUGACCGACCAUUCUGUUGCUUCCUUAGCGGUGAUAAUGAGAUUAGGGCUUCCUGCACUCCUCCAUUUAAGCGGCUCAUUUCUAUGCUUUCUCGCCUUUGUGCUCGGAGUCACUGGACAUCUACGAAAGACAUCCUACACACUGCUAUCGUGCAUCAACUAUAUAUGCGGGAGUUUAAUACUCUCUACUGCUGUACUUAUGGUUGUUUGCGUUGUUGACGAUGAGUUAGCGCCUCGAAUGAAGCCAAACUCUGCGGGUGAACCUAGCAAAUUUAGCUACAUUUACGGUUACCCAUUCUUCUCCGCAGCCUUAUCGUUUCUGCCAGUGCAAAUUUGCGCAUGUCUUCAAAGCUUUCUCUACUUUAGGCGAUUUCCCUCUGUGGCUGAAAAACUGAAGUUCGUGCCAGGACUAGAAGCCAAGUUACGCCAUGCUCAACUAGACAAGGAAUUAGGUAUUCCACCAAUUGAAUCCUGGCGUCGCGGAUCACUCGCAUCCUACCUUCCUCUGCCUUCGUUCGGCAAUUUCUCAAGACGAGGAUCACGGAGAAGCAGCCAAGUCUCAUUCAAUACGCCAAACAUCUUUAUACAAGUGUAAAUGCGAGCUAUGGGGUUCUUCUGCCCCAGUCCUGUUAUAUCAUCUGCCAAAUAAAGAUCUCAU